AUGUCGGAAAAAAGCUGGUCGCCGACCGAAUAUGAUUCAGCUAGUAAGGGAAGGUCGGUGGUGCGGGGUGCGCCCGUCGAAAAUAGAGACCUCAAUGCUGCAGCUGAUUUAAGCUCUUUCGAAGAUGUUGAAGUCGGUCUCGGACUGAACUCUAAGAAAUCGACUAGAACGAACCAACAAGAUAACCCGGGACCUAUUCUUUCGGAUAUUAUUUCUUGUAUACCUCCUCAAACCCUUCAAUCAUUACGCGCCAUCUCGAAGGUAUACAGCAAGUGGAUUCGCCGAAUAAUUCUUACCCGAAUAGCGUUCAUCGCGUUAACGAACCCUUCCCGGAUUUCUGGAGCUAUUAGCGGAGUUUUCGGGUUAUGUUUUGCGCAGCUCUGGCUUAGAGGCAACGAGUCGUGUCAAAGGGCCGCCGAUUCGAUAUUAAGCAUCUUCGUGGUUAUAGCAGCUUAUAUAAAGUCCGACCCGGUUACUUUUCAAGUCCUGUUAGGAGAUUUCUAUCAGCGUCGCGAGACGGAUGCCAGGCAGACGGUCAUGGACGGUUCGACACCCUACAGACACCCAUUAGCCUACUGUUUAGAACCGUAUACGUCUCCGUUGGCCUUUUGCUACGACCCGGUCGUUUUCAUUCCAGCCAUGUUAAUUGUCUACCGGAAACUCGCGAGUUAUUUCGUAUGCCCCGGUUUCGAAGGACGAGUUAUUGAUGCCUUGAGCAUUGUGACUGCUCUUUUCACGAUAUGGAUGCUCUUCCCGGAGUUUUCUUGGAACUAUGCGAUGAAUGGGAGGCCUUGGACGGUCCGGGAAGUUUAUUACGAUGAUAUACUAGCUGCGGCGUAG